ACAGCUGUAGCCAGCUCAGUUUUUGUCAAGUUGUACGUGUGGAAAUUGGGUUUGCGUUUUCACGAUUUUCCGGGCCUGAAAAUUAGAUCUCACCUCGUCUUAGCUAUUAUUAGAUGCAUUCGUUUGUAAUUUAGCUUUCCCGAUGCCGUUAACAGCGCGUCAAAGGAGUAUUCACAACAAGAAUGGCGCUAAAAGGGGUGCAAGUUUCAAAGGGAAAAGAAAAGCUAGCGAAGGAGAAUACCUCGUGACCAGUGCACCUUCAGAUCUUCGUAGCAUAGGAUACCCGGGUGGGGCAUUGGCUUUAGUUUUGUUGCUCACUGUCCGGCUCUUGUCAGCACAAUACGGCCACAUAUCGGAUUGUGACGAGACCUACAACUAUUGGGAACCUCUACAUUACCUAGUGUACGGAAAUGGUCUUCAAACAUGGGAGUACAGUCCAGCGUAUGCGAUCCGAUCGUACAUGCCUCUCUGGCUGUUUGCAGUCCCAGGCAAGAUACUCUCCACAAUGAUGACUCCGGUUGCAGUGUUCUACGCACUGAGACACAUCCUGGCUAUUCUGACCGCUUGUGCCGAACUUAUGUUUUAUAAAGCCAUAUGCCACGAGUUCGGCGUCCACGUAGGCCGGCUAUGGCUCUUCUUCACCCUCCCAGCGGCAGGUGCUUGGGCGGCGGGCGCGGCCAUGCUGCCUUCAGCUUGGAGCCUGGCGUUGGGCGGCGCCGCACUGGCUUGCUGGUGGCGCCGCCGGUACCCGCCGGCCGUGGCUUUGACCGCCGCCUCCGUGAUUAUAAGCUGGCCCUUCACAGCGCUUCUAGGCGUGCCCAUAGCAAUCGACAUGCUCUUCAUAAAGCGGCAAUACGUGGAGUUCUUCAAGUGGUCGGCCAUCUCCCUCAUCGUCAUCCUGACUCCCACCGUCAUCAUUGACUCGUGGCAUUAUGGCCGACUGGUGGUGGCGCCAUGGAAUAUUGUGGCGUACAACAUAUUCACUGACCACGGACCGGAUUUGUAUGGUGUGGAACCAUGGACUUACUACUUCGUCAAUGGGUUCUUGAACUUCAAUGUUGUUUGGGUGCUAGCCCUAUCCAGUCCGCUGCUACUCCUGGCUUGCACCGCGAUGUACCACCGUUCUAUGAGAGCGCACUUCUGCUCGCCCUACUGGCUCGACCUCAUGCCGCUCGCGCUGUGGCUGGCCGUGUUCAUGCCGCAGCCACACAAGGAGGAGAGAUUCCUGUACCCAGCAUACAGUCUAAUCGUCCUGGCCGGUGCCAUAGCGUUUGACUGCUUACAAAAGAUGACCUUCGCGGUAGGGACGGAGCUAUUCCAGUGGCGGAAGGAGCGAGAGAGACGGCACUACCUGGCUUAUACUGGCCAGAUCAUGAUCAUCUGUAUUAUUUGGACUGGGACUUUGGGCUUAUCCCGCAUCGGAGCGCUAUACACCAACUACCACGGGCCGAUGCGUAUACUACGAUCGCUCCCCGAAACCACCGAUACCGAGUACGUCUGCUUUGGGAAGGAAUGGUACCGGUCCCCGUCCAGUUUCCACCUGCCUGAGAACUACGAGAUACGGUUCAUACCCAGCGAAUUUAAUGGACAGCUGCCUGCGCCGUACGCUGAUGCGAAAAAUGCGACCCGCCUCAUCCAUCCAUACUUCAACGACCUAAACCAAGGGGAUAACCGAACCUACGUCCAACCGUCUCAGUGCCACUACCUCGUCGAUUCCGACAUCGGAAAACCCACACCACUACAGCCGUUCUACCAUAAAGACCCGCUAUGGGAAACCAUAGACUCAGUUCCUAUACUCGACGCGGAGAAAUCGCACCAAGUCUUCAGAGCUUUCUACGUCCCGAUAUUGUCAAGCAAACAUAACGUUUACGCUAAUUUGUAUCUGUUAAGGAAUAAAAUGCUAUUUGCAUAGGAAUUGGGUUCAAAUUUGAUUGGCCAUUGAAUAUCUUGGUGGACCUAAGUCGGGUAAAGAAAGUAAGAAACUUCUCGAUUGAAGUGAUGGUGCAGUAAUUCAGUCCAUCAAUGGUAAUUAUAGAUAACUAACAAAUCUUUGCACUGUAUAAAACCUAAGUCAACUUAGAGGUUUGUAAAUACUAUUGUAAAGCAUAUUUGAAAUAUUUUUUCCGAAAAAUGUUUUCAAACUACUUUUGUUUAGUGGCCAUUUUUUCGAUGUCAGAUUAGAUUCACACAAAUAAUAAUUUAAGUAAGUACAUACUAAUUAAUCAAUAUAAUAAUUGAAUUUCAAUAAGCAACGAGACUGACACUCGGAUAAUACUUCUGACAGUGAAAGUUUUAUACUGUAAUACCAAAAUAAUCUUCUCAUUUUUUUCUAUAGACAAUAAUUUACAAAACAAAAAGUUUCAAAAGAUUACAUGUACCUAGUUCUGCCAAACGAUAGAUCGACUCGUUAAAAUCGUAAAUUUCGAUGAGACUACGAUUGUCCUUCGCUUUCGAUCAGCAACUAUAGUUAUAUGGAAAUGUGUUCGCGUGAGACAGACAAGUUGUGAAAGAUGUAUAAUUAAAAUUACACGCAAACAUAUCAUGUAAAUAAGGUCGAAUUUAGGUUAUCACUGUAUUUUACAUUAAAAAACAAACAAAAAUGGAACAGCGUAAAUUGGUACAAUGAUAAUUUUGUCAUUCGUUGUAAUAGCAAAGAGAGUAGUCGAAUCAUGGGUAAACUUAGAAUAAGGUAACGAAUAUAAUUGUGAAUAUUUAUAACGAAUGCAUGAAACAACAAAU